UGAGGGGUUUACCGCGAAACCGGGUUUUGGCGCGAAGGAUUGGUUUCUGGCGUCUCUCUCCGGCGCGCCGACGAGGUAGUGUGAGACUGCGACCGAGUUGUUUCUUCAUCAUUCAGAAAUCUUUGUAAGAAAACGAUGUCAGAAGAGAUUCAAGAAAUCAACACUUUAAUUUCUUCAAAUGACAAGUUCAACAAAUCCUCAGGCUAUUCAUCCCUCUUGCAAUUUCAGCAACAUUCUUGCGUCAACGCUUCUUCGCUCCAAUUCCUCGCUCACUCCGCCCAAUCCAUAAUCUCCUCCAUUGUUUCCGACAUCGUCGACGACCACGACGAAGAAAUUGCCACUCAAGCGUUGAAGUGUUUGGGGUUCAUGCUUUAUCAUCCAUCCAUUGUUUCCGUCCUUCGAGUGGAUGAUGCCAAUUUGGUUCUGAGUACAUUGCCCAAACUUAUUACAACCACAAAAUUAAAGUCUGCUUGUAAUUUAGGGGUAUGGUGCUUGUCUGUCCAACAGUUGGGUGCAACAUUUCUUGUUAUUCACUUUCACUAUUUGUUAGGGGCAAUUGUUCAUGCCCUAGACAAUCCCAUGGGUUCUUUGUCCACAACAUUUGAAGCUACACAGGCUGUAAUGAAGCUAUCAGGUCAAUUAAGCGAGCAAAUGAAAGGCUCAUCCCAUAUAUGGGCUCCCCCAAUAUACAGAAGACUUCUUAGCACAGAUAAAAGGGAGAGGGAUGCCUCAGAAAGGUGUCUGUUGAAGAUCAGAUCCACAGUCAUUCCUCCUUCUCUGGAUCUUUCUAAGGUACCAAAACAUUUUUGUGAUUUCAAUAUAAAGUGAUGGAUCCGUACUCUAGUGGCAUGGGCAUGAUUAUAUUAUAGCUA